AUGGACGAGCCAGUGAUAAAGGCUGCCACUGAAACUUCCGGAUCACCUGCGGAGUUUCUCAAAAACGUCGUCGGUAAACAGGUCAAAGUCCGGAUCGGUAGCGGUAUCGAUUACGAGGGUACCCUGUCCUGCUUAGAUGGUUACAUGAAUGUGGCAAUGGAGAACACUCGUGAGGUCGUAAAUGGAGAGAUGAAAAACAGCUAUGGGGACGCUUUCAUUAGAGGCAACAAUGGUAAGUGCACUUGCCCUAUAAGCAGCGGCGUCGUAGCUAAGCCUCAAACUGGUGCUGGGUCAGUUCUUUAUAUUUCGGCUAUGGAAGAUAUCUAG